AUGCCUAGUCCUAGUGGGUUCCAGGCAACUGAUGAACUUAGACGAACCAGUUUAACCUCUGACAGGGGAACACCUCUUAGCGACGAAGACAAUAUGAACAUGUACGGGAAUGGCUCAUUUGAGGCCAAUUUUGUCGAUAGCUGGCUAGGACCCAACAAUAAACCCCUGCUAUUACCAGUGACGUCUCUUCAAGAGGUAAACAACUUGUUUGAGCCAACUCGUCUCCCUUAUGAUGCUGGUGAUUUCGCUAACAUUCAACGACCACGAAACAGCUCACUGCAGUCACAGUCACAGCAACAGCAACAACAGCAACAGCAGCAAAGUACUAAUAUUCAAAAUAAUUAUACGGACAGCUAUAGUGCACAGAGGAAUGCGAGUUAUGACUCAUCUAGCGAUGAAGGCUUAGGAGCACUGUUCCCUGGCAGGUCUGGGGAGAGACUCUUUCUCCCUGAUGAGCUCGGCUACGCACCAUUAUCACUAGCAUCUCAUGCUUUGCUAAUGGACCUCAAAGACGACUUUCCAAUAUCCGGGUUCUCAGCUGAGUUGGAAUCCACCCAUUUGUACGGAAUUAGUUAUCUGAACGCACAUAAGAGCAUCGAGGCUUAUGACUCUGAAGUUAAUUGCUUGUAUCCAAUAUUUGCUGUAGGUGAGCUUGAGAAGAAAUUUGAUGACAUUUAUAAGUACUACGCUACACACCGGACUUUUUUAGAAGAGAGAGAGAACGACUGGCUGAAUAUUAAAAUAAUUAUCGCUAUUGGCACAACUAUGACAGGCGUCGACCAAUCCGCUGGCAAAAAGUUGUACGAAGACGUUCUCUCUAAAGUUGAAAGGCAAUUGAUUUCAGGAAAAGGUACGAUAGAGGCUGUAGUACAUCUUCUUCUGAUACAUCAAUUUCAGUUUCAUAGCGAUAUGGGCACACUGGCCUAUCGAACCGUAGGAUUUGCGAGUAUCCAGGCUUUAGAGCUGGGACUUUAUAGGUCCAAGGAUUUGGAAAGAAUGGUUCCGGAUGCUGAACGGCGAGAACACUCUAGACUUAUAUUUUGGUGCUUAUAUGUCAUGGACCGUCGACUUUCGAUUUAUACCAAGCGUCCAUUCAUCCUUCACGAUGAGGAUAUUGACCAAAAGAUGCCGCAGAGCUUUGGGUCUGUGAACUUGGACUCAGGAGCUUCUGAAGAUGACCUGUUCCGAGCAAUGCAUCUUAAUUAUAUGAUUCAUUACAGCAAGCUGUCAGGCAAAGUUCUCGAAGCGAUACAGAAACAGACAGAUGAUCCAUCACUUGCCACUGAGAUGUUAGGAGUUAAAUCAUCUGAUGCCCAUGCUAAACGUGAUAACGUUCAGUAUCUCAUCUAUUUGAUGGAAAGGUGGAAAUCAUCGUUACCGCCUGAGUUGAGUUUGAAAGAGCUGCCAUCUCAGCCUUCGCCUCACGGAUCAAGAAAAUUGAAGUGGAUAAUCUACCUGAAGUCGAACUUGAUACUUUUGAACAUCUACCAAUCGUGUAAUGAUGAUCUGUAUGUUGUUCCGGCCAUUACUACUGCAUGCGAGUGUAUACGAGAGCUAGGGCGACUUUAUUUUAAUACUGAUUUUUAUAACUCUUGUGAAAUUCAGUACAACCACUUUUUGGUAGCUGCUCUUGAAGUACUCUAUUCGUCACUACGAAGACAGCCACAGCUUUUGGAAAAAUGUAUGCCGGAAAUCAAAUUGGCUCUCAAGAUAAUUAGCUUAAUUAUGAAGCGUUCGAAGAACGAUAGGCGACAAGGCAGUAUAUGGCAAUUGGUAGUGUCUUUUGCUUUCAAGUUUGGCUUAUCGUCUCCUUUUGGUGCUAAGUUGCUAGAAACUAAGGCAUAUACAUCAUAA